CGAGGAGCCGGAGCCGGCGGCAGAGCGAGAAGAGGAGCGCCCCAAACCAAGCCGACCCGUGGUACCUCCUCUGAUCCCGCCAAAGAUCCCAGAGGGGGAGCGCGUGGACUUCGAUGACAUCCACCGGAAGCGCAUGGAAAAGGACCUGCUGGAGCUGCAGACGCUCAUCGACGUCCACUUUGAGCAGCGGAAGAAAGAGGAAGAGGAGCUGGUGGCGCUGAAAGAGCGCAUCGAGCGGCGCCGGGCCGAGAGAGCCGAGCAACAGCGCUUCAGAACUGAGAAGGAGCGCGAGCGUCAGGCCAAACUGGCGGAGGAGAAGAUGCGGAAGGAAGAGGAAGAGGCCAAGAAGCGGGCCGAGGACGACGCCAAGAAGAAGAAGGUUCUGUCCAACAUGGGCGCCCAUUUUGGGGGUUACCUGGUCAAGGCAGAACAGAAGCGAGGGAAGCGUCAGACGGGGCGGGAGAUGAAACUGCGUAUCCUGUCUGAACGGAAGAAGCCUCUGAACAUCGACCACAUGGGAGAAGAACAGCUCCGGGAGAAGGCCCAGGAACUGUCGGACUGGAUCCACCAACUGGAGUCAGAGAAGUUUGACCUGAUGGCGAAGCUGAAGCAGCAGAAAUAUGAGAUCAACGUCCUGUACAACCGCAUCAGCCACGCCCAGAAGUUCCGGAAGGGGGCCGGGAAGGGCCGCGUCGGAGGCCGCUGGAAGUGAGGAGCUGGGCACAGCGCCCCCGCCCCCUCGAGGCACCUGGGAGCCCUUGGCGUGUGCGUCCAUCAGGGCCUUGAAAUAAAUGCUCGCCCUGCCGCAA